AGAAAAAGAAAAGGUGUUUUUGCUUCUUUGAGGAGGAGGCUGCGGCGGAUCUUCUUCUGUAGAGUCUUCGCACACACACACACACAGCUGUCGAAAAGGAGGUCCUUCUCACUGUAGUCGAAGACAAGCAGGUGGGCAAUUGACACGUAUUUAUAGUGAGAGAAUAGACCCGGGCAGCUCUCGACGGCGUCCACCCGCUCAUCAUCCGGCUGUAUAGUUCAGUGACACGGAAGCGGAAACAGCGCACUCAGAAGACGAGGUGCUAACGCCUUUCUUCCGUCCGUUUGUUUCUUCACUUCCGCUGCAUCGACGUUUGAUCGUCUCGUGUUCAGCACGAUUUCCGCUCGUCGUCGCUUUCAGCCGUCUGUUAUUGCCUUUUCCCUUCGCCUCGCACCAGCUUUGCCACUGUGGGCGGGCUGCCGAGAAAGCUCCCAUCGCUGCUCCCGCAUCGACUUGUUGGGAGAGGUAGAGUGCGAAUCCACGUUUGCUGAUCUUCUUCGGUUGCUCGCGGGUACAUUCAAUCCGCUGAAUCAAAAAGGGAGAGAUCAUCUUGUCUGGCUUGGCUGAGCAUCAUCACGGUCGCAACCUCCGCCAAUUCCCCCCCCCCCCUCACUCGCUGACCUGGGCGUGAGGUGGCGGAGGUUUUUUGGGCAGUAGAACGAGAGAGGAAGGAAGGCGGAAAGAUACUUUGCUCCUUUCCUUUCUUUGCCUUACACACACACACACACGCACUCCCACAUCCCCCAAAAUAAAUACGACCCGUGUCUUUUUUUCUUCCCAAUUGUUAUUACUAUUGUACAAUUUCUUUUCUUUUGUAUCAUUCACGCAAUUUAACACACGUUGAGAUCGGCCUUUGCCUUUGUUUUCUCUCUCUCGUCUCUUCUCCUUCUAAAGCAAAAAAAAAGGAAAAGAACGAAAUCAACAUCUACUUCGCCCGGUGCGUUGUCGUUGUAGCUCCCUUUCCAGUUUCCACCUCACAUCUUUGUUUUGUUAUUGUAUUUGGUGCACUGCAGCGUUUGGCUGGCGUGUGUGUGUGGAUUUUUUGUAUUCGUUUUUUGCUAUUGCUGUGACUGCGCAAGGCGGGGAGAAGCAGUUGCCUACACACGCUGAGGAGGCCGCAGAGAAGAAACAGGCUGCAAUAUUUUCUCUCUUGCACACCCAGCGCGUCGUUGGUGGAAGCUGAGUUCCUGAAAGGACGGUAAAUACCUACAUAUAUAUGUAAGGUGCACUCGGUAGUUAUAAGAAGCUAAUAUAAAGGAAACAAUUCGGUACGGCAUACUCCAAGCAAUAAAAGACCCGUGUAGUUAUACACGCACAAUAAUAUUUUUUAUUUUUGUAGUAUUCCGGGUGGCAUUUGUUAAUAAAUAAGAAUCUCGUUUUUUCUUUGUUCUUGCUCAGGCGGUGCAUCGAAUUAUAGCGCAGGUUCCUUCUAUAUUAAAGAGUACGUUAAAGAAGCUAGACACACACCACAGCAGGAGCAGAAAUGGCCACUGCAAAAGCUAUCGCGGAGUUCCGCAGCGGCAAUGUGGAGGCGGCGCAGUCCAUACUGGAUGAAGCCGCCAAGGCCCAGAAGGACGUGGGCGAUCUGCUGGCGAUCCACUGCCUCCGUGCAACCUUCGCUGCCAUGAAGGGCAGCACCGAUGUCACUGGCAUCGUGGCGCAGCUGUCACCGGGCGAGGCGGUGCGGGUGCCGGUGCAGAACUACUUAGAAGGCAUCGCCGCCAUGGCCCGCGGGGACCUGGUCACGGCAGGACGCAAGCUAGAGACCGCCGUCGAGCGGUGCGAGGGCUUUGCAGCCGCCAUGGUGUGUCUGGCCGCCGUCUACUACUCGACGGGCCGCUACGAGAAGAGCUACCGGCAGUACUGCGACACACUGAAGAUGCUCGGCACGGAGAGGACGCCGCCCGUGGUGCGGGUGGGCAUGGGGCUCUGCGCCUACCGUUUGGAGCGGCCGGUAGACGCACGCCGCAUCUUGGAGAGAGCUACGCAGGUGCACCCCGACGAUGAGCUCGCAUGGCUUGGGCUCUUGGUUGUUUAUUUGGAACUGCGCAUGCUGCACCAGGUGCACACCACCGUCCUACAACUGAAACGCCUCAUGCCGCAGAACACCACCGUGCUGCUGAAGGUGUGCGAUUUAAUGUACUUUCGCUCCUUAGAAGACGGCCGUCUGAAGAGUUCCACGAGCCGGCUGCGCAGCCUGCUCAGUUACAUCCGCCAGACCGCCUCGCCGGAGGAGGCAGCGCAGGUCGACUUCCACGAAGGCCGCCUCUUGCUCGCUUGCGGCGAGGUGGCGGCGGCGCAGCCGCUGCUGGAGUCGGCGGUGCGGGCCAACCCGAACCUCUUAGCCGCGCGCAUCCACUACGCACGCCUGCUGCUCUUCACGAAGCGCGAGCGCGACGCUGAGGCGCUGCUGCUCGAGGUGAACAAGACAUGGCCGAACGAGAAGGAAGUGCUGCAGAUGCUCGCCAUCUUGGCGACGCGGGCGGGGCGGCACAGCGAGGCGCUGCGGUACAGCAAGACACUCGCGAUGAGUGUCGCGCAGGGCGACGUGUACUCGUGGGCGCUCGCGUCGGUCUGCUCGCGGCUAGACACGGAGCACUGCCGGCGGCUGGGUGCGCACGUGCAGGCGAUCCAGCGGGAGCUGCAGCUGCCGCAAAGUUGGAAGCUGAGCGCCAACUUAGCCACUUUGGCCGAGGACGUGGAGGCGCUGCAAGGCAUCGUCGACGCGGAGCUCGGUGCGGGCUUUUUAAUGGAGAACACCGCCGUCGACGUGGCCUACGUGCCGCUGCUGUACAACUUGGGUCUGCUGCGCGAAAAGGGCGACGCCGCUCGGGCCCGGCAGAUGUACGUCUACCUGGUCAAGCACCACAGCACCUUCGCUGCGCCGUACUACCGCUUGUACUACCUGGCCAGGGCAGCCGGCCACCUUCACCAGGCCGUUGCGUGGAUGCAGUGGCUGCUGAAGGUCCACCCGCAGGAGGCCACCGCGCAGACCUGCACGGCGCAGCUCUACAUGGAGAAGUCGCACGUGCGGGAGGCCCUCGCCAUCUUUGACAAACUGCACGCCUCGAAGUCACAGCUGCCCGUGGCGCUGGCCGUCGGCGCGACCUCGCUGCGAGCCUGCCAGCAGUCCCCCUCGCAGUGGUCGAAGCUGCUCGCCUCGGCCCGUUCCUUUUACCGCGCCGCCCUGGCGAAGGACCCGCGUAACAUUCUCGCGGCGCACGGCUACGCCUGCUGCGACGGGAUCGAGGGCCGCAGCGACGCGGCGGAGUCGAUGCUGAACAGCGUGAGCGAGGUGACGUCGCUCUCGCCCGUGCCGACGCUGAACGUCGAUGCCCACCGGGCCAACGUGAAGAUGCUGAGCCACGGCUACAAGCAAGCCGCCGACUACUUCAUUCGCAUGCCCAUCCGCACCUCGGAGCAGGAGGCGAUGUACUCCUACUGCAUGGCAGUGGAAGGGCGCUACGAGGAGGCGCUGAAGCUCAUCGCGUCGGCGUCCGUCAAGGCACCCGGCGAGGUCCCCAUGCUCACGUACAACACCGCACUGCUGCACUUUAUGGCGUUUGUAGACGGCCUGCGCGGCACCCGCGCUCUCUCUGGGGCGAAGGGCGAAGAUCUGCUGAAGCACUUGGAGGCGGGCCUGGAGGGAGCGCGGCAGUUGGACGCGACAAAAGCGAAGCACGAGGUGAUGAGUAGAGCAAAGCGGUACCUGCGCUCCAUCAGCGCGUACUGCGAGGGGCACCGCGCCACGGUGAACACGCUGAUCGAGGCCGGCCGGGAGCGGGCGAGGGAACUGAUGCAGGCCGCUGAGGGCUGGAAGCGCGUCUUUGCGGACCACCUGGCAGAGCAGCAGCGGCACGCGAGCGAGGAGGAGGCGGUGCAGCAGCAGAAGGCGGAGGAGCUGCGCAUGGCGGAGCUGGGCGUGUACGCGCGCUUCCUGGAGAGCCGUAUCCGCAACCCCGCCGCACUCAUGGACGCCGACCUGCUCGCGGCGACGGUGGCGGAGGCGCUGAAUGAACCCAUGCCGGGCGAAGACGCUCCUCCGCUUUUUGCGGAAGACGAGAUGCCGUAA